GUUUGGGCAACUGAACAAUGUUACUUACAACACUGUCUCACACUGUCACACACAGGAUAUAUAGAACACACAAAAGAUUUUGAUCUUACCUGUGAGUUUAGUUUGGGAGGGAAAAAAUAAACCCAUCUGUUGCAACCUGGGACUUAGAACCCAAAGCCAUUGAAGAGAGAGAAAGUUCACAGCAUAUAGAGAGAGAGAGAGAGGGGGGGGGGGGGGGGUUGUCACAAAAUUUAACUCAACACCCAAUAGUCCAACAACCUGAGAGAGAGAGAGAGAGAGAGCAAAUCGAGAGAGAGAAGAGGGAAAGAUGUUUGCAGCAGAGAAUGGACUCAAAGGGGACCCAAGGCUUCAAGCCAUCUCUGAAGCCAUUACAGUCGUUCCUGACUUCCCAAAACCAGGAAUAAUGUUUCAAGAUAUCACAACUUUGUUACUAAAUCACAAGGCCUUCAAGGACACUGUGGACAUUUUUGUUGAUAGAUACAGACACAUGGACAUCUCUGUUGUUGCUGGAAUUGAAGCUAGAGGAUUCAUGUUUGGUCCAUCUAUUGCCUUAGCGAUUGGUGCAAAAUUUGUUCCAUUGCGUAAACCUAGAAAGCUGCCAGGAAAAGUAAUCUCGGAAGCUUAUGAGCUAGAAUAUGGUACUGACUGUCUAGAGAUGCAUGUUGGUGCUGUUCAGCCUGGGGAACGGGUAGUGGUAAUUGAUGAUUUGGUAGCUACAGGCGGGACCCUCUCUGCAGCCAUAAGACUCCUAGAACGCAUGGGAGCAGAAGUGGUUGAAUGCGCAUGUGUUAUUGGGUUGCCUGAGGUCAAGGGACAGCGCAGGUUAAAUGGGAAGCCGCUUUAUAUUCUUGUGGAGCCUCGCGAUAUAGAAGAUUGUUGUUAAGAGCAAGCUGCAGAUCCUGCGCGUGCCGCGGGCUGAAUUCUAUGCAGAAAAGAUGGUGGUACAUGGGUGACCAUUUCCAAUGUUCUUCAGCCAGAGUUGGAAGUUUGUUUCGGUUACCCUGAGUUCUGCCUUUUCAGGCGCUUCCCUUCUCUUCCUAUUUUCUCUUUUUCCAUUUCUGAAUUUUUUAACAAAUGCUGUCAUAUUCCAUGAACAAUUUCGAACAAAGGACGGUUGAAGAACUGCUGAUAUGACCGCAAUUUGUAUCCUUUUCCAUAUAAUCAAUCAACCUAGUUGAGCAUUUUGGAAAA